AUGACGACGAUUCCCAUCAUCAACCCCACAAACCCCUUCGCGACGACCCCCAUCCUCCCCUCGCCGCCGGCGGACCCCUACACGACACCGCCGUUGACGACUGCGGCGGUGGCCCCGCCCGCAGCCGGCCGGAGCUGGUGCGUGGCGAGCCCGACGGCCUCGCAGACGGCGCUGCAGGUGGCCCUGGACUACGCCUGCGGCUACGGCGGCGCUGACUGCGUCGCCAUCCAGCAGGGCGGCGCCUGCUUCUCCCCCAACACCCUCCGUGACCACGCCUCCUACGCCUUCAACAGCUACUACCAGAAGAACCCCCUCCCCACCAGCUGCGACUUCGGCGGCACCGCCAUUCUGACCACCACCGACCCAAGUAAGAGAAAUAAUCUCACAUCGCGCCAUUUUCUUCCUCUGGAAGUCGUGUAUAAUCGAGAGAUAUCGAAGAGAAUGAUCCUUUUUCGAAGAAGUCAACGAAAAUCUCCGAGUGCUUUCAGCUCUCUACUACUAGUAAUGAAUGGCUCUUGCUCUUGCCAUUGCAGGCUCUCCCACGUGUCGCUUUCCUGCUGCCAGGUACCAGCAACGGCUCGAUUCAUUUCAAUAUUUAUAAUGGUUUUUUAACCAAAGUUCUUAACUUAUACUGACGAGAGAAAAUCCCCAGCGGGAGCUCGUCGGUGGUGAUCGGCCCAACCAACCCGGCCGGGUCGGGCCCGACAGUACUCGGUUCAACCCCUCCCAGCGUCGGCGACACAGCGGCCGCGGCGGCCACGUACCCCGCCGUCGUUAUCUUCACCCUGGCUUGCCUCCUCCUCACGCUCUUCAGACACAUAUAA